CUUCAUCAAGAGUAUUUAAAUCCAUGUUCAUUGUGGGUCAGGUUGAGUCAAUCUGUAGCAACUAGAUAAUAUGUGGCUGCAUUGUUCCAAGUGGAGUUUAGCCCUGGCUGUAUUUCUCAGUGCAGUGACCACAAUUAAGGCACGCGAGUAUGAGGUUCUAAGGGUUGAAACAGAAUUUCAACCGGACAAGCUUUGCGACUUGUCAAAAAUAAGAGUUAAAAAACUUCGCCCAGGUGUGUAUGGUUUCGAUGGACAAGCAGAAGUUUUGCAGACAGUUGGCAAUGACACAAAGGUCGCAAUUAAACUGUACUACAGUGCAAACGGGGCGGACAAGUAUCAGCUAUUGCCACAUCACCUAAAUCCAGGAAGCGUAUGUGACUUCAUGAAUAAUGAUUACAAAAAGUAUGUUCCAGAUUUGUAUAAAGUAUCUGAUUUUCCACACGUCGAAGAUGAGUACUAUUGUCCGCUACCUAAGGGUGUUUACAAAGUGAGGAAGUACCAAUUUGACUUUGAGUCUUUGCCGAAAAUUUUCAAGCCAGGUUACUACAAAGCUCAAGGGAUAAUUGAACUCGAUAAUGGGGACAAAUCUAUAAUCAACGUUUUCGUCAAAGUAAACGGCCCUUGAUUGACCGCUUCUUCUCUGAUCAUUAUUUCCUUGAUUGUAAAACUUAAAGUGGAUCAAUAAAGCAGGAAGAACAUUGGGAACCAAA